AUGCCUCCAAAGAGAUCCAGAGCUAAGAACUCACUGAAUGGCACUAAGCCAUUCAAGGCCCAGAAAACCAACCAACCCAAAGAAGCCCCAGAAUCGUCAACCUCAUCCACCAGCCACGAAGAACAGCAGAGGAUUACAUCAUCCACCAUCAAUGAAAUCUUCAAUUUCCCUAAACAGUUUGUUGGUAAUAAUGAGAAAGAAUGCAUUGCUUCAAUACUAGUGGGGACUACCGAACUACAAUUGUUGAAACUACGGGUCAAGCAACAACAUAAUGACGAAUUACAAGACUUCUGCAACUAUUUAAACGUAUCAAAAAUACUAUUCUCCUCAAUCAACUCAGAUAGCAUCUAUUAUCAAGUGGAAAUCAUUGGGAGUGCCGGAAAAGUUGCGGCAGCUAUUGUGGAAUUAACUUAUUAUCUUUACAAUCAAACCCAGCAGAAGAUCUUCGAUAAUGUUGGCACGAUCAAUACCAAGAACUACACCGUGACCCUUCUCGUGAACCAGUAUGUUUUCAAUAAAAUUGAUAAACUUCAUUCAAUUCUCAGUACCUGUGAAACUUUUGGAGUAACGCUGAUAUCACUGUCCACUGCAUCAACAUUUGAAUUCAGUAAUUUAUCAACAAUUAUCAUUAAAAGCUCGUUACCAAGCUUAUUUAACAGCUUGGCCCACAUUAUCUCAUUUUACGACUCUAAUAUUGCUGUCGAAGUACCUGCGAUUGACCUGCCUCACAAACACUAUUUGAAGUAUCGUAAUAAUCCUACCUAUCAAAUGAAUCCUAAUGAUGGGUUUCUUGACAUGUCUAAGCGGACUAAGCUCAUCAAUAAUCAAACAGAUUUGGGAGACUAUAUAGCUGAGUAUUCCGAUGCUUUCCAAAAUAACAUUUUAGGAGACUCCCUAAUCAAAGAAUCGUUUUUGAGGAUUCCUUAUCUUGGAAUGUUCCAUGAUCCUGAUUUAACCUUGAAGGACGAUGACGGUGGUGAAAAAAAUGAUGAUGAGUUACUAACUAUUGGUGACAAAGCUUUCACCGAAUCUUGGGACAAAAUGAAAACUUAUAUAGAGCAUCUUAAUCAGAUAUCUCAAUGA